CUCAACGGGACGCACGCAACGCGACGACCAUGGCCGCAGCCUCCACGAAGUCCGACCGCGCGGCCCUCCUCAAGGCCUUCGACGAGGCCCGCACCGGCGUCCGCGGCCUCGUCGAGUCCGGCGUCUCCACCGUCCCCGACCUCUUCGUCCACACCAACCCCUAUGCCUCAGUCCAGCUUGCUCCCCCGGGCGUCUCCAUCCCCGUCGUUGACCUUUCCCUCCCCGCGCACGUCGCUGCCGCCGCCGCCGCGGCGGCCGCCCGCGACUGGGGCUUCUUCCACCUCGUCAACCACGAGGUCCUUGUCCCCUCCGGCCACCCCGCGAGGGCCCUCACCGCGGUGCGCGCCUUCAACGAGCUCCCCGCCCCCGAGCGCGCGGCGCACUACGGCCGGGCCUUGUCGGGCGGGGUUAGCUACUCCUCGAACGUCGACCUGUUCCUGUCCCCCGCGGCGAGCUGGCGCGACACCGUCCAGGUGUUGUUCGGGCCUACGCCGCCCAACGCCGAACGCAUACCGUCGGUGUGCCGCUCUGAAGUCAUCGAGUGGGAAGCGCACGCCGCCGCGGUGGCCCGCGCCGUGAUGGCGCUGCUCUCACAGGGGCUCGGGCUCGGGGAUGCGGCGCUGGAGGAGACCUCGUGCCUGGAAGGGAAGCUCAUGGUCUGCCAUUACUACCCGGUGUGCCCCGAGCCUGAGCGCACCAUGGGCUUAGUCCCGCACACCGACCCCGGCGUGCUCACCGUCCUUGAGCAGGAUGGCGUUGGUGGUUUGCAGGUGAAGCACACGAAUGGGGACGGGGAGAGCUUCUGGGUGGACGUGAGGCCUGCACCGGGCGCGCUUGUGAUCAAUGUCGGGGACCUCUUGCAGAUAAUGUCAAAUGAUAAGUACAAGAGCGUCGAACACAGGGUGGUGAUGAAUUCGGGUGAAGAAGCUAGAGUUUCACUUGCUGUCUUUUUCAAUCCUGGAAAGCGAGGGGAAUCAGUUUUGUAUGGGCCAUUGCCAGAGCUGGUUUCUACAGAAAACCCACCAAAGUACAGGCGUUUCGCGAUGCCUGAGUUUUUGGGGGCCUUCUUCAAACGAGACCUUGCUAGCAAAGCUCUACUUGAGCACUUCAAACUGUGAGAUGAAUCAAACGCCACCAAACAAUGUUUAAGCUUGUGUACGUGUAAGUUUUACAGUAUGUAGCCAUCCCAGUGCCAGUGAUGUUCUGUGAGAUUGCGGUACAAUUAUUCUACCUUACACAGUGCAUGCUUCUAUCUGUUUCAUUGUUUCUCCAUAGUCGUACAUCCCAAAUUAAAUGCUAGUUUUAUUUUUCAUUGUGUAAGCAUCACAUGUUUCAGGCAUGUAAUUAUCAAAUGGACCAAAAUGUACACUGUAUGUUGUAUAUUAUUUCUGCAGCUACCAUCA